AUGUCUUUUAGGCAACCAGACUCUCUCUCAGAGAGCAGCCUUAAUAAAAAUAAUAACACACCCACGCGGAACGAUGUUGAUGGUGCCACGUCAAAUGGAUCCCAAACUCCGCCGACAUCUUCGCAUCUUCGCCCAAUUGGUGGUGACAGUCCCAACCAGCAGAGCGUGGACCUGAUGCAUCCGAUGACCCCAAGUGUGGAUACACCUCGGUUUGGUCAAAACGGGAUUUGCAGAAUGAGCGACUGGAACUUGUCUCCCGCCAGUUUCUCUAUUCCACUUAAUUGCUCCACACCACCACCGCCAACAAGAUUAGCACGCGCCACGUCGGUGCUUUCAUCAUCAUCGCAGCGGUAUUGUCAUGAUCCGUACUCUUUGGGUGGAUCACAGCGCCUCAGCCCGCAGUCGAAUCCGAUAAGCAACGCUGCGUCCCCGCCAGAAUGUCCCAUUCCAUCACUUUCUAUUGAAGGAUUUGAUGACAACGCAACGGGUCCGCUGACCAUUGUGACAGUUAUGGCAGCUGUGCCGAAGGAGCGAAACGAGACCAGAGGCCGGCGCAAAGGACGCAAUGGCGAUCACUCCCGCAACAGCAAGGCGCUGCCCGACUUGCCACCACCGAGAGUCAUGCGGUACCUGCCACCACCGCCACCGGGAAUAGACAAUGUUACGAACAGAAUACUCUCGCUGGAGGAGUUGCACCCCAUUGCAAAGCGUUGGUACGAUCGAACCAUUGCAGCCGAGGCUAGCUACAGCCAGCGCAUUUCUUCCUCCGUUUGGCUGCCCACAUUUGGGGCAAUGGCUCAGCAACAGCCCCUCAUUCCGGCCGGACGCGCAGUUUUGUGCCCACGUGUGGAGCAUUAUCCGAACAGCUUCUGGCAGUGGCUGGCGGAUGCAGAGCGAUGGUGGGAGGGCGCCGUUCGUCCACACACAGGAACUGCCAUCCCACCACCACCGCCGCCGCCAUACCUUUUUGGAGCAUGA